GACGCGCGAAGCCUGGAGCACAGCAAUAGCUGCCGGGCUCAGCCUGAGCGUCAGUGCGGCCUGGCGAGGCGUGGAGAGAGCAGGGACUCUCGCAGUGCUCGCUGUUAACGCACAUCAUGUCCGAUAGGAAGCGGAAGGCCUCCAGCUCGGAGGAGCCAGUGUGUGCGCUGUGUGGCCAGGCAGAUGUCGACCCGGACAUCUGCGGGCACACACUUUUCGAGACUGGGAUUCGUGUCCAUGAGUUCUGCUUGACGUCUGCCAACAUCACGUCUAAAGCAAGACCAGGAAUUGAGGUCCUCCCGCUUGCUGCCAUCGCACGCAAGGUCAGGCAGGCAAACAAGAAGGUGAGGACCUGUACAGAGCAGGCAGGUUUGGGCCAGCAGGGCUCACUCCAGCUUACUCUGGAGCCAAUGUCCAGCAGCCUCCAGGACAAAGUCCUGCCCAUACGACAUCAGCCCUGCCCGCCAGGCAACUUUGCAGAGGGGCUCCCUGCAGUGCCCACAUCCUCUGCCCUGCCCAGAGGUGUGGGGCCAGCCGUGGAGGCCCUGAGCCUGUCGCUCAUGGGGCUCUUCUGCUCUUUCCAGCAAUGCUGUGUUUGCGGCGAGAGGGGGGCUGCCAUCACAUGCGCAGAGAGAGGCUGUGCACGCAGCUUCCAUCUGCCCUGCGCCAAGGACGGGGAAUGCAUCACCCAGUACUUUGGAGACUACAGGUCCUUCUGCUGGGAGCACCGCCCUCAACAGGCGACUCAGGACGCUCCAGCGCAAGGCACCAUCUGCCUCAUCUGCUUGGAGCCUGUGGGGGACAGCUUGUCCUACCACACCAUGGUGUGCCCAGCCUGCAAACACGUCUGGUUCCACCGGGACUGCAUCCAGCAACAGGCCUUGAGUGCUGGCACUGCGUACUUCGAGUGCCCCGGCUGCCGAGAUUACAUUCUCUUCUGUGAAGAGAUGUCCAACAUGGGGAUCCACAUCCCAUUAAGAGACGCAUCGUGGGAGGACGAGGAGUCCUAUGAACCCCUUCUAGAGAUGCACAGCCGCUGCGAUGCCAGCCAGUGCCUUUACCACGGAGGCAGAGAGCAGGCACAGAGUAGGGGGCCCUGGGAGCUCAUCCUGUGCAGCUCCUGUGCUGCUGAGGGCACCCAUCGACAGUGCUCCCACUUGAGCAACACCACAGACAUGUGGGAGUGCAACAGCUGUGCUGGCCUGGCUACCGCCUCCAGCGCCAACGCUGAGUUCGCCGCUCCCAGCACUGCCAGCCAGACGGCUCCGGGUCCGGGUCCAUCCAGCAGCUCCAUGGAGCCUGAGACCUUCGGCUCCAUGCCCGCCAGCCAGGCACCACUGGGGACAUCACAGAGCUCCCAGCUGCCUGAGCACAGUGACCUGCCCAGUGUGCCUGAGACGGAGCAGGGGACAAAUGGCACACGUUCACCGGAGGACCGGGCUACCCCUGAGCAGCUGCGAGGACGCCGUGGGAGCAGGCAAAGAGCAGCCCCACGUGCUGACAGCGACUCCCACACAGCCACCAGGCGGAGGGCAUCAGGCUCCUCCAGGGCGUCUCCGGCAGCUGCACGCAGAAGACGUCGCAGGCAGCGUUCAGGAAGAAGCCGCACACGGAGCCGCUCCCCGCUGCAACGUCGGGACCCGAGCUCCCAGAGCCGGCCAAGACGACGCCAUGGCAGCAGGCGAAGGCCAGCCUCAAGGGAGCAGAGCGCCACCCGCAGAUCAACAAGAUCUGCCACUUCGAGAUCCCCAAGGGCUUCCAGAGUGCCGCGACACAGGGGACAGGCCAGGCGCUGAAGGCGGACCCGGACCCUCACCCAAAGCCCUCCCCUUUCAAAACCAUCCCCCCUUGACCUAUCGCCACCCACCCUUGGCAAACAGUCAUACCCCCCCCCCGUCCCCCCUGCUUUCUCUGGUC